GUGACGGUCAUAUUUCUUGGCCGGAGCCGAGACAUAGUCGCCGGAGAUCCGGUCGCCGUCAUGUCGAGGUUGAAGAGGGAAGACUGCAAGAGGACCAAGCACGACCGUGAGUUCUCCAAAUGGGAGAUUCUCAUUGGCCCUUCUGAUUGGGAAGAGUAUUUGCUGGGAAAGGAAGGAGCUGAAAGGUAUAGGGUCCAUAACCUGCCCAAAAAUUCAGGUCCAGGGGUGUAUGAACUUGGCAUAGCCGUAUCUCGUACCGGUUUAGGCCGUGAGAUAGGCAAGCUUGACCCAGAACGCAUAGUUGUUGUCUACCUUGGACAAGCUGACAAUGUGAGGACUCGACUUCAACAUUAUGGCCGUACUGGUGCUCAUUUGGGCAAUAGCUGCCCUCCUCAGUGUAAAACAGUCAUUCCGCAGAAAGGCCCAGGAUUGUUUGAGGAGAUACUUUCAAGAGGCUAUCCUAUUAUUUUUAGAUGGGCACCUGAUCCAAAUCUUAAGGGGGAAAAAAAAUCAAGCAUCUUUAAUUCUUCAUUCACUAUCGCUCGGCUUCAAUCGGAGACGGAAAUGCCGGCGGGCGAGAUCCGGUAUCUGCUGCAGCAGGCGUCGCUGGAGACGGCGACGGAGGAGGAGAGCAAAGAGGAUGCGUGGGUUUGGAUGCGGAUAAAGGCGGAGGCCAAACGCGACGCCGAGUCGGAGCCGGCGCUGGCGAGCUACCUCUACUCGACGAUCCUUUCUCACCCGUCGCUGGAGCGAUCGCUGUCGUUCCAUCUGGGGAACAAGCUCUGCUCCUCCACUCUCCUCUCCACGCUCCUCUACGACCUCUUCCUCAACGCCUUCUCCGACCCCUCCCUCUGCUCCGCCGUCGUCGCCGACCUCCGCGCCGCCCACGAGCGCGACCCCGCUUGUGUCUCCUUCUCUCACUGCCUCCUUAACUACAAGGGCUUUUUGGCCUGUCAGGCCCAUCGAGUGUCACACAAGUUGUGGACUCAGUCACGGAGGCCACUGGCUCUGGCGCUUCAUUCUCGAAUAGCAGACGUGUUCGCUGUGGACAUACACCCAGCAGCGAAGAUCGGAAAAGGGAUUCUGUUUGACCACGCGACCGGAGUCGUGGUUGGUGAGACGGCGGUGAUCGGGAACAAUGUAUCAAUUUUGCACCACGUCACGCUUGGUGGGACGGGAAAGGUCGGCGGAGAUAGGCAUCCAAAGAUUGGAGAUGGGGUUUUGAUUGGUGCCGGUGCCACCAUUUUAGGGAAUGUGAAGAUUGGUGAUGGGGCCAAGAUUGGGGCUGGCUCGGUGGUGCUCAUCGAUGUGCCUGCGCGGACCACUGCAGUAGGGAACCCAGCCAGGCUGGUCGGAGGGAAGGAACGGCCUUCUAAGCUUGAGGAUGUGCCUGGGGAGUCCAUGGAUCAUACGUCGUUUAUCUCUGAAUGGUCUGACUAUAUAAUCUGAUAACUUUUGUUGAUGAUAUAGCUAUUAGACCUGCUUUGUGGAAUUUUGUUAUAAACUAGAUGGGGGAUAAAAAGGCCCAUUAGCAGAAAGAACUUGUUGCCUAUGUAAUGACUGACAUAAUGUUUGUCCCUGUGAGUUGUAGUUCACAAGUGUAAUUUGUAUUGAAAGCAGAGUUGCAUUUGCCUGUUGUGGUGAAGUGUACUUCUACUGCUUUUGGGCUCACUUUUACUAUUAGAAAGUUCUAAAGACCUGGUACUACCAGGAUUCAAAAGUCAAGUGGACCUGAUUUCAUAAGAGAUUCUAGGAUGUUACUUCAAAAAAGCAGUGAACAUGGGUUGUUUUUUGCUCACUUGUUGGAGAUAAACUGGUAGCUUCAUCGAUUUUUCUCGUUAGAGUAUUCAGGAAGUGCAACCCAGCAGAUUAGUCUUGCUGGUGGAAGCUCAGCAUCAGGAUAUUGCUCUUUUCUGGUCGCUCUACAAUGCUUGUAGCCAAGAUCAACUUUGCUGUUCUUUGCAUUCUGCUAUUUGCACUACAAACUUUAUUAUUAUUAUUAUUUAUUUAUUUUUAUUUAUUUUGGGUGAGCAUUUGCAAUACAAACGUUACUACUUGUUGAAGUCUGUAUCAAUGUUAUCUGUUUCCCCAUGGUUAACCAUCAAUGGUUUAAUGCUUAAGGACAAUGUUGGUUCUUCCAAGUUAUC